AUGGCCUCUCAGCAACAGCAGCAGCAGCAGCAGCAGCUCCAAUAUCCUUACGCUGCGGCUCAAGUGGCCGAGAAGGUGAUGCGGAGAGUGGAAAUUGCAAAGGUUGCUCGGAACCUCCAAGAUUGCCUAGCCUUUGCGAGCUUCAAAGCCCAGAAUGGCUGGCAAGAUCGAACCCUCUCCACCAUUGAACCUGAAGUUGCAGAAAAACUCAAGAGGAAACGACCAUUCCCGGAGGACGACGCUCCAUCCGAUGGCUCUUCUGGGACCGACUGCGAAUAUGUUCCUACUCCCUCAAUUGCAAAGAACCGCUUUUCUCGACCCUCGAAUGCAACAUUCAAGGUCCCCAACCCCCCUUUCGGUGCGAGAAAGAAGAGAGUCAGAUCGUCGUCGACGAAUGGUCUUGACCGGCAGUCCAGCACCUUGACGUGGAAGCAAGAUCACCGCCUUUCACAGUCGUCUCCUGUGCUGGGGAGGUCACAAUCUUUUCAAGAGAACAACUUGUUCCAUACUGAUCCUGUUGGCAUGCCACAAACAUCUAAUGACGAUUCUCCCAUGUUUGAUGUCCACUCUGACGACGAAGAUCAUGACCUGCCAAUCCCGUCCUUUAGCAAUCACCCCUCGAGCAGCAUCUUGUCCUCAUCACCUCCUCGGACUCCGCCUCCCACCAAACGUCUGCUCAAUGUCAAUGCAAAGCAAGCUGGGGCUGAUCUGCUCCUCUACCUCGCCAACUCGCCAUCCCGCUCCCCGGCGAUAAACUUUCACCGAGCGUCUAGUUCCUCCAAAGAACCGCCGUCUACCCCUCCCUCGCAACAUUCUCAUCUCCCAUCAUCAGUGAUGACCACGCCGGGGACACAUUUGGGACUAUUCAACGGUGCGCUCCAGACUCCCGGCCAGAACUUCAACCUUGCCGACUUUUGCAAUGUCACCCCUUCUCCAGGGCAGGCUCAAUGGGGUGGUCGAACUCCGAAUUUGGCAAAGACACCGAGUCGGUUUGCUCGACGAGGGUUGAACUUUGAUUCUUUGCAACCUCCCUCUGGCAGCCCAACCUUGCAGCGCAAGACGCCAACCACCCAAGGCCUGGCCCUCCAGCUUGGUGAUGAACUCAUCCCAAGAUCAUGA